AGAAAUUUACAAAGGCCUCUGCAUCCCGCCGAGACCAGUCCUCAGCGUUCGGCCCCGUUGUCCCCGUUCCCAGCGGGAGCCCCGGGGCACAGGGUGCCGGAGAAGUACUGGCGGGGAAGGGGAGGGAGGUCGCGGCAGCGGCAUGGCGAGGUUCCCGAGGGCCGACCUGGCUGCUGCAGGAGUUGUGUUACUUUGCCACUUUUUAAUGGACCGGUUUCAGUUCACUGAAGGGAAGCCUGGAAACCAAGUCAAUGAUGGGCACUAUCAGGUUGCUCAGGCCUUCCCACAAACAGAAGAGGAGGUGGAGGUGGAUUCCCAUGCAUUCAGCCACCGGUGGAAAAGGCACUUGGAUUCUCUCAAGGCGGUAGACUCAAACCGAGCCAGCCUGGGCCAAGACCCCCCAGAGCCCAGAGGCUUCACGGACCUGCUCCUGGACGACGGGCAGGACAACACCACCCAGAUUGAGGAGGACACAGAUCAUAAUUACUAUAUAUCUCGGAUAUAUGGUCCAUCUGAUUCUGCCAGCCGGGAUUUGUGGGUGAACAUAGACCAAAUGGAAAAGGACAAAGUGAAGAUUCAUGGAAUACUGUCCAAUACUCAUCGACAAGCUGCAAGAGUGAAUCUGUCCUUCGAUUUUCCAUUUUAUGGCCAUUUCCUACGUGAAAUCACUGUGGCAACUGGGGGUUUCAUAUACACUGGAGAAGUUGUACAUCGAAUGCUAACAGCCACACAGUACAUAGCACCUUUAAUGGCAAAUUUUGAUCCCAGUGUAUCCAGAAAUUCAACGGUCAGAUAUUUUGAUAAUGGCACAGCACUUGUUGUCCAGUGGGACCACGUACAUCUCCAGGAUAAUUACAACCUGGGAAGCUUCACAUUCCAAGCAACCCUCCUCAUGGAUGGACGCAUCAUCUUCGGAUAUAAGGAAAUUCCUGUCUUGGUCACACAGAUAAGUUCGACCAAUCACCCAGUGAAAGUGGGGCUGUCAGAUGCAUUUGUCGUUGUCCACAGGAUCCAACAAAUUCCCAAUGUUCGAAGAAGAACAAUUUAUGAAUACCACCGAGUAGAACUACAGAUGUCAAAAAUCACCAAUAUUUCAGCUGUGGAGAUGACCCCAUUGCCUACAUGUCUCCAGUUUAAUGGUUGUGGCCCCUGUGUAUCCUCUCAGAUUGGCUUCAACUGCAGUUGGUGUAGUAAGCUUCAAAGAUGUUCCAGUGGAUUUGAUCGCCAUCGGCAGGACUGGGUGGACAGCGGAUGCCCUGAAGAGGUACACUCAAAAGAGAAGCUCUGUGACACCACAGAGCCAGUGGAACGUUCUACUCAAACCACCACCAUACGAGCAACAAGCACACAAUUCAGGGUCCUGACGACCACCAGAAGAGCAGCGACACCCCGGCUGCCCACCAGCCUGCCCACAGAAGAUGAUACCAAGAUAGCUCUACAUCUAAAAGAUAAUGGAGCCUCUACAGAUGACAGUGCAGCCGAGAAGAAAGGGGGAACCCUUCACGCCGGCCUCAUCGUUGGAAUUCUCAUCCUUGUCCUCAUUAUAGCUGCAGCCAUUCUUGUGACAGUCUAUAUGUAUCACCAUCCGACGUCAGCAGCCAGCAUCUUCUUUAUUGAGAGACGCCCAAGCAGAUGGCCUGCAAUGAAGUUUCGAAGAGGUUCUGGCCAUCCUGCCUAUGCUGAGGUUGAACCAGUUGGAGAGAAAGAAGGUUUUAUUGUAUCAGAGCAGUGCUAAAAUUUCUAGGACAGAACAGCACCAGUGCUGGCUUACAGGUGUUAAGACUAAAAAUUUGCCUAUACCUUAAACACACACACACACACACACACACACACACACACACACACACACAAGCCCUAAGCUGCUGUAGUCAGAAGGAGAUGAGAUUUCUGGACAAGCUAAGCCCAGGAAGGGUUAAAAAAAAAAAAACCCUAAAACUUAUAGAGGAUACCAAUUACCACUGAACAUAGAAUUCCCUAGUGGAAUGACAUCUCCUGUGGACUUAUCAGAAAUAUGACAAGAUUACAAUGCUGUUGGCUUAAGGUGCAGGGUUGCAAAGGGAUCAAGACAAAAAAUAAUAAAGCUUUAGUUCACGAGGGAUCUACACCUUCGUUCAAAUAUUCUUCUCUGAUAACUGUGUUCCACAGCCUGAACCCAUUCACUCAAAAGAGCAAUAAUGAAUAUUUCAGUUUGCUGAGAAAAGGAGCUGAUGCAGGAGCAAAAACAAACACAAAAUAAGAGGUUUUUCUGUCUUUUCACCAGACGUGGCUAAAGGGUUUUGUUUUUCUGGUCUAGACCCACCUGUUCCAACAAGUUCAUCACUUUACAGGAUGAAUCUUUUACCUGUCCUGGAGGUUCGGACUCCGCCUCCGUCUUCCUUGUUCUGGUUGCCCACUCUAUGAGCAGUGACAGAAUCGCAGCCUUUUAGCUAAGUGUGAGAAAGGGGGGAGAGGCAAAGGAGGCUUCUGGUUCCCCUGCCUCAGAGUUAAAACAUCUGAUUUGUUUUAAGAAGUAUUGCCUCCACCGCCCACUGUGAAGUCCUAUGAAGCCACAGUUGCUCUUGGCUGAAGGAAACAAAAGGAAACAAUACGAAGAGUUCCUUAAUCGUUUUUGAAGCAAAAAUGUUAAAGGGUUCUAAACACAUAGGGUUUUUGUUUCCGCUUUUUACUUUUUGCCGUUUCAGUCCGAAAGGCCCAUUUCAUUGUCGAUUCCAAUCUAAGAAGCCAUUCAAGGCAGCACAUCCCUGGCGAUAAAAAGAAGGAAAGAACCCUGCUGAAUCAUACAGUAAUUUUCUUUAAAGCACAUAGUAGUUACAUAAAUAUAUAUAUAUAUAUAUUUUUGUUUAUAACUAACACAAGGCAGGCUCUUGUGACUCAGAGUGCAUUUUGUCAUCAAGACAAAACAAAUGCGAGAUGCAUUACUGCAUACUUCCAUAGAGUUGUAAAAUAAUCCUUAAUAUUAGAAUAUUUUUAUGUCACUUAGCGGAAGUGGUUCAAUUAGUUGCAGUGCCGAUCAUUUUCCUGCCUAUUUGAUCUGCUCUCCCAUUCAUAUCAACCCCUUCCCUCCCUGGUGAAAUAAAGCAGAUGCAAAAA